AGAUAAGCCUUGCUCUACCACGGUUGUAGAUAUCAUCUCCAUCUUGUGUCCACUAUUAUUUACAGUAACUGUUCGACAACCAAACUUAUCUCAGAAUAUCCAUUGUUUCAGACACAAUAAAAUAAGACAAAAUGGCAACCUGCACAACCAUCCCCGUAUCCAUCCCGAAAGACACCCCAUUACCCAAGACUACAUUCAAAGAAAUCAUCAGCACAUUCCUCCCCACCGAGUGGCCUCACGUGGACCCAGAAACCCUGACAGUGAAAUAUACCACCGGCUACGCCAACACAAACUGCAUAGUGUCACGACCAGUCCCAGAGAACACCACCUUUUCCGAACCCCUGAAAGUAUUCUUCAAGAUCCACGGCCCACUGGACGGUGAAAUCGAAGUCUUCAAGCACUUAGUUCCUACUAAACACGAGGAAGCACAACUAUGCUAUGAGUACGGCCAAUCUGGUCUCGGAGCCAAGGUAUAUGGAUUCUUCCAAACACCGGAUGGCACAUUCGGGAGGAUUGAUGAAUUCCUGGAUGCACGUCCCCUGGCGCCGGAAGACGUGGAAAAUGCAGAGAUCAGAGGGGAGGUUGCAAGAGCACAUGCUGCUUUUCAUGCCAUGACAACGCAAUUGAAGGGAAACCCCGUUCGGGCGUAUUGCGAUAUCGUCGUUCCAGAGCUGGGACGGUAUUAUAAGAUGGAGAAGUUGAAGAGGUUGGCCAAGGAAGGGGGCGUCAGUAUGGACGAGCUUGUUGACUAUGACUUUGUGUCCAGACUACGACGAGUCAUAGACAGGUUGGACACCAUUGGAGCGAAGAAAGGCUGGUGCAUCCACGAUGUUCAACUGAGGAAUACGAUGGUGAAGAAUAACCCUCAGCAAGGAGAAAGCAAAGUGGUUCUUAUCGAUUUCGAAUUCGUCUUUCAGAAUUACCGAGCGUUUGAUAUUGGGGGACACUUUCUGCAAAAGAUGUUUCAGUGGUUUGAUGAGGAGACCAAGAUUGCCGACUGUCGACCUUAUAUGGAAGAUGAGAAGAGGCACUUUUGUGAGGAAUAUGCAAAGCAGUGGAAUGAGUCGACUGGGGAUGAGGAUACAGGAGAACAGGUAUCUAUGGAAGCUGAGCUGGGGGUUAUCCUUGCUAUCUCGUUCGAGAUUCAUAACAUGCUGUGCUAUAUGGAUCAGGAUAAUGAUAAGGAUCCGUUGAACCUGCUGGCAUUGAACAGGAUGUUUGAGGAGUUUGUUAAGCAGUAUGGAACGCUUGGGUUAGGGCACUGAGCGGAAUAGGAAGGCAGGCCCAAGGCUAACUUGAUAGAAUUCUUCAUCGUCAUUUUACUUGCCAAGCUCGCAUUCCAUUACAACUGCUGUUGGAACAUCCAUUCUCUCUGUCUGUUCUCCAGAGAUCAGCGGUAUAUAGUUUUUGU